UUAUGUUUGUGGGGAAAAAGAAUUUCCCACAGGUGUCAGUGCAUAGUUAGUCCUACUUUUAACUAGGAGAGUGGUCUUUAAAAGUAGCCGGAAACAAGGUUUUUCCUCACUCUCUCCUCCUGUCCAAGUCUGUCACCUACAGAUGUGUCUCUGUUAAAGGAAGUUAACUGAAAAUGGGAAAUUGCACACACAGGUCUAUGGCAGCAAAAAGACAUCGAAAAAACAACCCCUCAAUAGGAGGAAUGCUGAGUUUCUAAACACAAAUGGGUAGUUCUUGCAAUACCACUCAUUCAUACACAAAGUAUGCAGAAUUAGGUGAAGGCACGCUUUAGUAUAGUAUAGAUUCUGCAUGCUGUAUUUAUCCUUGUCUUGCUCUGCUGUGGCAAAGAAGAUGUGCAUGUACGUGCACUCAGUUCCUUGUUGCUGUGCAGUGUGAUGUCUUUGUAUAUGAAAAAGCACUUUGAAAGAGGGUUUGCAAGGUUAAAUUUGGUAUGAAAUCAAGGAUAGGAGGAAGAGGACAAAAUAUGAUGGAAUAUGGUAUAAUAUGGUAUAAUUCCCAGAAAGCUUAAAGAUUUUACCUGUACACUUGCAUAGUUAUUACUUGUCUUUCUGAUACACAUAACUAACUAGGGAACUGAAACUAGGUUAGGCACGCCAAUGAACAGAAUGAUUAGGGGAGAGUUUCGAACUAAAACUGUGUAGCACCACUAAUGUCACCUCUCGGUUUUUAUGUUGCUGUUGUUAAAAUAAGCUGCUUAAAUUCCUUCAGUGCCUAAUGGCUGACUUUGGGGAGUUUUAUUAGUUACAUUGUAGAAAAGCAGUUGUUUUGGGUUGGAUUCAUCUGGGUUAACGGAGAUGAAUCAUCCAAAGUCAACAAAGGGUUUUCAGUAAUGAGCUCUGCAUGGACUCAUGGACGUUGGCAAGCAACAGGAAUCCAGCUUUUGCAGCACUUAAGAUAUUUGAAAAACUAAUUGCCAGGCUUGCUUAAUACUUGGUGUAAAAUGGUGGUGUCCUGUUCUGGCAGUAUGUGUGGCAGCAAAACACUCUUUGAUGUGACAUUUGCAGAGCUCAGUUUAAAUAUGAAGUGAGUCAUGUGGUGUGUUGGCACACUAGAAUGGAUGCUAUUUCAGGUGUCGUUUUCUUAGUGAGUUUCUUCUAAACAGAGCAGAUCAUUAUGGGAAGUUGCCCACUCAGUAAUAAUUCAGGCCUUUGCUUUUAGGAACAAAAAAAAAAAAAAGAAAACAUUUUGACUUACUAAAUGAAUUAUGAGUCUAGUAAUAAAAAUCAAUCCUGGGUUCUGAUGUGCCUGCUUUUAAUUCAGCUGUUUUCCAUUACCGGAAGGAGCGGUACUGAUACCACAUCUGUGAGUGUGCUGGAGAAGGUUUGUCACUGGUUCCAGUUAGAGGGGGGGGCUUGAAAAUGUGCCCCUGGUGAUCAGGGAAUAAAGAGGAAAUAUGAGAAGAGCUUCAGUGUAACAUCUGAAGGCUUUAAAGUGAAUCUCUUGGGAGAAAAAAAGUGAGAAAAGGAGAGUCACAGCAGAAAAUGGAUAGGAAAUAAAAUGGUGCAGUUGCGUGAGUGCCACCAUGCCCAUUUCCUUGGGAAAUAUAUAAAAAAUGACAUCGUUGAUUCUAAAAGAUCCCCCCCUUAUUUUUUUCUGUAAUGUUGAACUUCCUAUUAAGUAAACCUUAAGCUUGAUCUUUAAUUACUUUUCUGAUAACUUACUAGGGCAAGAGAAGAAGAUAUGUGUUGUGCUUUGACAUUCAAACAGCGCUGGCUCUGCUGUACUGGAAUGGAUGCUUAGUUGCAUGGGGCUGUCAGAACAAUGACAAAUAAAAAUGAGGAAAGUGCCUGGCUCCUGCUUCCCACAGUGCAGAGCCACAGAUGCAUUUCAGAAAGCAGCCAGACCUCUUGUCAUGUACUUAGGUCAGAUCUGUAGCCAUACAUGCUCAAAUGUAAGUUUAGAAUAAAACUUUGCACAAUAGCAGGAUUUAUCUCAUCAAACAGUUCAUCAUUCUGCUGAAAAUAAUAAAGAAAUGUGAUUAUAUCUGCCUGGCAGUUUCUAGCUGGUGUUGCUUGGACUUCUGUGUGCCCUGUGUUGUGCUCAAAACUCAAGUUAGUGUUUCUGAAGGGAUACCUCAUGUCAGCAGCCAGUGCUGGGCUUCAUGUGAGCUCUCGUGUGCAGUCAAGUGUUGAAGGGACCUCUGUUUCCUUUAGAUUUGUGUUGCUACAAUUUUCUAAUAGUAAUAGCUUAGGCCAAUAUCUGUGUGAACUUUGAGGCAAUGUGGACUUUCUGUGCAGAUGUUUGACAUCUGUCAAACAGCCCAUGUAAGGUCAAAUUAUCGCUACAGUAAUGAUGAACCAUUUGCCUCAUGCUGCAGAACAGCUGCACAGGAAUCUAUUUCAACAAGAGGAGUGUUUCUAAGCGGUCACUAGGAAGUGAGAUUUUUUUAUGUUCCUUCCUGAGUCUAACUUGUAGACGUAUUUAAUUAGGGAGAUCGUUAAGGAGGACCUUUGAGAAGGGAAACUGCUACUUAAAGACAUGUUUAGAAAGGAUAGGUAGUUUAGGCAGCAGAAUUUGUCUGUUCUUCUACCUACAAUUAAGCAGCGGAGUCAUAUGAAGUGACUGAAUCAAACAGGAGGUCAGAAUACUUUUUGUAUUUUAAACCUUGUAAUCUUUUGUUAGCUUAGAAGAGCAAAACUUCUAGUAUUCUUGAGAGAUGGCUUUAGAAACAUGUGGAAGCUGUUUGAGCUGUCUGCUGGUCCCUCUUGCACUUUGGAGCAUUGUUGUUAAUGUCCUUUUAUAUUUCCCUAAUGGGAAUGCUUCAUAUGUUGCUAGUUACCAGCAUCCCAACUAUGUGUGGUAUUUUGAAGGCAUCUGUUUCUCAGGUGUGAUGAUUCUUCUGUUGGCAAUAAUUCUCAUAGCACUGGAGUGUAAUGCAUUCUAUCGGUGCUGCCGAAGUGAGAGCUGUAACAAAACCUACAGAAGUUUUAUUUCAAUUGUGCUAGCCAUGCUUGGAGUUGCUUUCUCUGGAUACAGUUGUAUCAUUUUUACCUUGGGAUUGAUCCAAGGCCCUUUCUGCAAUUCAUCCAAUGGAUGGGAUUACAUCUUCAAAGAUACUGUUGGAGGAUACCUCACAGAUUACUCUGCUUGGUCUCAAUGUGCUGAACCUGCUAAUGCUGUGGAAUGGACCAUCAUUUUACUCUCUAUUCUGAUGACUCUUAGUGGACUGCAGUUGAUCAUCUGUUUUCUUAAAGUGGCUGCUGAGCUGAAACGUACACUGUGUGGGACCUAUUCUGUUUUUAUUCAGGCUGGGAUUCUCUGAAAACGGCAAAACGCUGAACCACUGUUUUCCUAAAGAAAACACUGUUUUCCUACCUGUCUAGUUGUCUCUGGCAGUGACUUUUUUUAACCCUCCAGCUUGGGUCUGAACCCUCAGGGAGGUCUGAAUACUGCGGAACUCCUUUUGUAGUAAAACCAUCUUUUUGGAAUAAACUGCUGUAUUUAUAAUA